CGCAUCAUAGUUGGACGACGGAGACGAGAGGGAAAGAAAAGGGCAAGGAAGGGACCUGUGAUAAAUUCAGCCUCUCACUCUUGGCGCCAAUCCGAUUUAAAGAGGAAAAAACAGCCAAUUUUCUUUUGACAUUUUCAUCAAAUUUGCGGCGAACUGCUGCUUCGCCCACAAGCCAGUCGCUCGGUCGCUACACUCGGCUAGCUUCGUUAGCACAUUAUCUAUCAUUGUCAUAUUAAUCUGGCCCCCUUCUCACUGUCUGUAGUCACGAUACUAACAACUCAGCAACAGUGAAGCACAGGGACAAUAGAGGUGUGUUUCUGCAGAGGCAUCGAGAAGACAAAGCUGCCAAAAAAAAAAAUGGGGGUGAAGGAAGUCCAACAGGGCAAAGGAGAAGAAGGCACGGCGCCUGGAAGAGCGGGCAGCUAUGGAUGCCGUCUGUGCGAAAGUGGACGCAGCAAAUAAGCUUGAUGACCCACUGGCUGCCUUCCCAGCCUUCAAGAAGUACGACAGAAAUGGGCUGAACCUGCAGAUAGAGUGUAAGAGAGUGACCACGCUCAACCCGCUGUCUGUGGAGUGGGCCUUCGAACUCACGCGAGCCAACAUGCAGACACUGUAUGAGCAGAGCGAGUGGGGCUGGAAAGAGAGGGAAAAGAGGGACGAGAUGAACGACGAGAGGGCGUGGUACCUGCUGGCCCGCGACGGCGACUCCGCUCCCGUGGCCUUCUCUCACUUCCGGUUCGACGUGGAGUGCGGGGAGGAGGUUUUAUAUUGCUAUGAGGUGCAACUAGAGAGUCGAGUUCGGAGGAAAGGACUCGGCAAGUUCCUCAUUCAGAUACUUCAGCUCAUCGCUAACAGUACUCAGAUGAAGAAGGUGAUGCUGACAGUUUUUAAACACAACCACGGGGCUUACCAGUUCUUCAGAGAAGCUUUACAGUUCGAGAUAGACGAGACUUCGCCGAGCAUGUCUGGUUGCUGCGGCGACGACUGCUCUUACGAGAUCCUGAGCCGGCGGACCAAACACGGCGAGGCCUCGGCCGGACACACCCACGGGGGCGGGCACUGCGGUGGCUGCUGCCACUGAUCCACCUCACCCCUCCCCUCCCCUCCCUUACACCUUCUACGAUUGGUUUAAAAAAAAAAAAAAAAAGCCAGCAACUUUCAUCCGUGGCUGUGUGUGAAAGCUUUAGCUGCCUGCUUCUCUUCAGACGCUUUGGAGUUGAAACGGCUGUAGAGGGCCGUUUAAAAAUGAAUCGAUGGUGAGAACACUCGUUCUCUCAUUACAGAGUCAGACUUGUGUGUUUUUUUUUGUUUUUGUUUUUGUGUAUGUGUAUUCCUACUACGAAGGCAGCAUCAGUGUGAGCUUUCACACAUAGCCUCUGAUUAUUAUUUUCUUUCCUACUUCUUGGUUUAAUGUCCGGCCGUAUUUUUCUCACUCUCUUAUCUCAGUUAAUGAUGACAGUUAGUAUUUCAGAGUCAAGAUCAAGCUAAGUUAUUGCUGACAUUUUCUACCACUGCAGCGAAUCUCAUCCCAACCCGCUCUUCUUCUUCUUCUUCUUCUUCUUCUUCUUCUCCUUCUCCAAACAUGUUCGACUUUAUUGCAUCGUUUGCGCCGUGCUUCUGGAAUAGUUUAGGAACCGAAAAUUGUCUGCUGGCUCAAUUCUGUAUUACAGAAAUGCAUCACCCAUCAAGAUGUCUCAAUCGUUUAUAGGUAGAUGAUUAUUAAUCAUGCCCUCUGUAAAGUAACAGUCGAAUCGAAGCCAGUAACACGCUGCUUUCAGUCAUACAGCCCCCGGUUUCUCGGGGAUUCUGAGACCACUUGCCUGUUGCGCUGUCCCUGGAUUUGCUCGCGUAUAUGGCUCGUGAGUUUUCCAACAACAUGCAUUACAGCAACUGUUCAGAGCCACAUCGGUCCAUGACGCUGUACUACUGUUACUAGAUCCAAGACGGAGAUGUCUAAUCAGCUUUCAACUCUUUUUAAACGAUGGCACAAGUUGUCCAAGAUUGCUUCUUUUUUUUUUUCCUAGUCCCAAAUUGAAUUAGGUCAAAUAUUUGAUUUCAACAUUUGUAGCCUCCAACACUCCUGACAGUCAUGCCAUGGGUUGGAGUUGGCUGCCUUGUCCUCUCAGAUGUCCGACAUGCUUUAACUGUCCAGGUCAGACGUGCAUGUCAUGGACUACAAAUCAAUCCCAGCCUCACAGACGACGCAAGGUUUCAUCGGUUUAAGAAAUCACCUAAUUCUAAGCUCUUUUUUUUUCCUCCCUUGUUUUCAUUUCUUACAGAUACAAAUGAGAGACUUCCCCCCCCCCCCACCCCCCCCCUAAAAUGUUUAGUCACAGAUCUCCAGUAUUGUAGAGAUUGUAAUCCUCCUCCUCUCCCGUUCGUUAAUGUGCCUCUGUUCUCCCUCGGUGUCCUGGAAGCGCUGCGCUCUCUCCCUGCAGGCCUCUUCAUGUCGCUUUCAUCUCGAUCCACAUUGUAAAAAUGUCGUCACUCCCGCUCGCCUCUUCGUUGACAUGUUUCUUUUCCAAGAGGUACUUAAAGGUAAAAACAAGUCGGUGUUAAUACUAGAUUGUGCUGUAUUUAAAAAAAAACAACAAAAAAAACAACUCAAUCACCCUCCAUCCCUUCUCUUACCUAUUUUGUUAGCAUGAGCAAAUCAUAUUGAUUUAACAUGGAUGAGGAUUGGCAGAAGUGACCUCUUCAUUCUGUGGCCGUUUGAAGCUGGUGAAUGCUUUUAAUUUGGAGGCAGGAAUAUAAAUGGAUGGACGAAUGAUGGAUUGAUUGCAGAGCGCCGAGUGUUGUUAUUCCUCUUUUAUUCUCAGUCGUCAGCCCCACGGUUAAAGUUUGCAUGAGAAAACGUCAUACCGUUUAAGUCAGCUCGUAGUCGAGGGCGGUGCCGCUUCUUAACUUGGGCGUCACUGUUUGUACACUCCUGUUCAUCCUCGGCUGGUAACAAAAGAAUACAAAUCUCCCCUUAGUAUCCUGGCAAGCUUUAUUUGAAGAUGGGAUUUGGUGUUGAGUAUCACAGUGAUGUGGAUGUGUCGGGGUUUUUUUUCCUUUUUUUAAAGCAUCUUGGCACAAACUCAGUGUUGUGAGAUUUUGGUGAAGUCGUGCCGUUACAUCUGCUGCUGAGAUCUUUUUGUAGGAAUUCCCUCUCCGGGAUUUUUAGAUACCGGUCAACCUUGGAAAGGCUGCUUUCAACCGCUUCACUCUGGUCCGUUUCACAUCUGUUUACAAAAACCUUCGGGGUGUUUUUUGGGACAGUUUUUUUUGGUGAGAGUUGGGCCAUCGUGAAACCUUGACUCUGGUCGGAUUGUAUAGUUUUGAACUUGUGGACUUGGAUGUGAAGAGACCUCUUUCUAGUUCGGCUGUGAGUGGCUUUAAUUGGUGCUUUUUGAAUGUUUUGGCAAGAAGAGCUCAGCUUGAAAUUGAGUACAGACUAAUGCCUGCUCAGAGAAUGUGAAACGGGGGAGACUGAAAUGUUGAAGACAUUUUCUUAGAAACGCUUAAAUCUGAGUUAAUCUUUGUGUUACAAAAGACCAAAUUUUCAUGUGCCACUAAAAAUAAAGCCUUCUGGAUGACAGAGUCCAGGUGCUGGGGUGAAAGGUUUUGGUCGUUUUUCCAGAAGAAAGAUAAAUUCAGCAAGUGGAGACGACGAAUCCGUGUCUCGUGCUCGUUUGAUCAUGAACGACAAGAGCGGUUAACUUAUUGCUUGUUUUAGCGCUAGCUUACCUUCUGAUGAGUACGGUGAAUCAUUUUUGUACUACAUAGGUUACAAAGAAACGGACGGUGUUGUACAUAGUGGUAGUAACCAAUCAACCGGCUGACAGUCUCUCUCUCUCUCUCUCUCUCUCUCAGGUUAAUCAAACGUAAUCGAACCUCAUCUGUUACAUUUUACAGCCAUGUUGUCAGUUUGCUGUUUGCUGGGUUGGAUUAACUGCAGCUCUUUUCUAGAGUCUUUUUUGUGUGUGUGCCAUUUCAACAUAUUUAAAGGAAAGGAUUUUAGAGCGCUGUCUCGGAUUAAAUUUAAGUGGAUUUUUAGUUUUUAUGCUUUGAAAUGGGCGCCAAGGAAAAAUUGACCUUAGAUUAGUGCUUCGAUGUUAUAUUCAUUCCAGACAGAUGGACUGUCUUUAAAAAAAAAAAAAAAAGGCUCAAUGGCAGUAAAACUGCUUUGGUGAAAAAUUCUUUACUUUGAAAAUGAGCCAAAACGUAACCAGUUUAUUUUAAUUCAAUGAGGGCUUUUAUUUUGGAAAAUGGUUUCAUACCCUCGCACAGUCACAGAUUCUUUUUUUUUUUUUUCUCUCUUGGUCUUUUCUCGAUGUAAAUAUAUAUAUAAGCUGUUGUGGAUCCAUCUUCAUUUUCAUUUCUUGGCCUUUUACAGGUUAAACACUUUUUUAAACAUGAUGUUGAACGAUAAGCUCCCAUGUUUGAGAGUGAGUGUUACAGUCCUGUCCAUAAACGACAAUGAAAGGGAAAACUGAGUCAUUAUGCCUUGUCAGUGUUUUAUUUGUAUGUUACAAAUAAAGGAAAGUUGAUUGACUUUUCAAAA